GCGGCGGUCGCCUGGCGCAGCGCGGGGCUGGAGGCGCAGCACGCUGGCAGCCGGCGCGAUGGCGGGCACUGCGGGUCUCUCCCAGCCGUCCAGCUCCCCCGCCGUCAGGGAGCUGUGCAAGAACGCGCGGGACACCUUCCUGGAGGCCUCUCGGCUGCUCCUCACCUACGCGGACAACAUCUUGCGAAAUCCUUAUGAAGAAAAAUACAGAUCAAUUCGGAAUGGAAAUCCGGCGUUUUCCACGAGGCUGUUACCUGUCAGGGGAGCAGUUGAGUGUUUGUUUGAAAUGGGCUUUCGAGAGGGAGAAACUCACAUGGUUUUCCCAAAGGAGGCGUCGAUUGAGCAACUACGUAAAAUCAGAGAUCUAAUUGCUGUAGAGAGGAGUAGCAGGCUGAAUGAGUCGAAUCAAGUCCACAGAUCAGGAUCCUCUGAAACUGUAGCCAGUGCUCCGACAAUUGCACAUCAGCCUUCGAGACCUGUUGGCUCUGUUCCUGCCCCUGAACAUCAGCAGCCAGAAACGUCACUUCUGCAAUCUCUCAAAAUGGCUGCAGAUAUGUUGACAACACUUCAAAGCAAAUGUGAGCAUCUUAUAUUAGCGUAUGAGAAUACUUCUCUUCAGCGGAAAGCACUAGCUUUGAUUCCCCUCCAGCAAUUGAAAGAGAAGGCUCAGAAAAAGCUAGCACAAGCUGCAAGACUGGACAAAGGUGAACAUGUGAAUGAAGAAGACUUCUUGUUGUUGGAGCUCUUGAACUGGUUUAAGAAUGACUUCUUUCGUUGGGUAGAUAAUCUGCCUUGCAGCAGGUGUGGUGGCCAGACUGAAAUUAAAAGAGACUACCUCUCACCAACUUAUGAUGAUCUGAGGUGGAAUGCUGAUAGAGUGGAAAAUCAUUACUGCAGCCAGUGUCAGUUCUGUAAUAGAUUCCCAAGGUAUAAUAAUCCAGAGAAACUUCUGGAAACCAGAUGUGGACGCUGUGGCGAAUGGGCUAACUGUUUUACACUGUGUUGCAGAGCUAUGGGGUUUGAAGCUAGAUAUGUCAGGGAUUGGACAGAUCAUGUAUGGACUGAAGUAUAUUCUGCAUCUCAGAAAAGAUGGCUUCACUGUGAUCCCUGUGAAAAUGUCUGUGAUAAACCUCUCCUCUAUGAAAUUGGUUGGGGAAAGAAGCUUUCCUACAUAAUUGCAUUCUCCAAAGAUGAGGUUGUUGAUGUCACAUGGAGAUACAGCUGUAAGCAUCAAGAAGUACUGACUAGAAGGACAGCACUCAGUGAAGCUAAACUGCGUGAAACAAUUAAUGCAAUCAAUAAAAAGAAACAACAAUCUUUGUCAGAAAGCAGAAAAAAAGAGCUGUUGGAAAGAACAAUUGUGGAACUUGCUGAAUUCAUUUCUCCUAAAACACCUAAACCCGGAGAAUUUGGUGGAAGGACAUCGGGUUCAAUGGCUUGGAGAAUAGCCAGAGGUGAAACUGGUUCAGAGGAGAGAAAAGAAGUAGUUUUUAUUCCCUCUGAAAAAGAGAAGUCUUCUAAACUUUUCCACCUCAUCUACAAUGUUGUAGAAGAUAGUUAUACACGGAUUUCCAAUAAUAGUGAAAAAAUAACUGGCUGGGGAACAGGUGUUUGGAAGGCAGAGUCUAUUUGGAGAAAGGUUGAAACAGAUUGGAAAAUGGUUUAUCUAGCCAGAAAGGAGGGGUCAUCCUCUGCUUCCAUCAGCUGGAAGUUUGAGUGCAAAUCAGUUGGUCUAAAAAUAGAUAACAUUUCAAUUAAGACAAGCAGUCAGACAUUUCAUAGUGGAAGAAUCAAGUGGAGACUUUACUCUCCCACAACAGAAGUUAUUCUGGUAGGAGAUGGAAAUCUCUCCUCCUAUUCAGAUUUUUGUGGUGCAACAGAAGUUACACUGGAAGCAACUCUAAGUGGAGGGGAUGGUAAAGCUGCGUGGCAACACACGCAGCUGUUCAGAAACAAUUUAACAGGAUGUGGAGAAAAUUGCCUGGAGAUGAUUAUAAAACUUGCUGACCUUUGAGAACCUGAAGUCAAGGAAUCCACAGAAGUUCUCUUGAAGACGUCAUACGUGGAAACAACACAAAGUCUUGGUUGGCAGUUCCUGACUAUCCUGCAGACAGCUUAUUCCUAUUUCAAUCCUUCCAUUUUGCCAAAUGGAAACUGCACGGGUACUGAAUAGGUAACCAUCACAAUGAAAGCUUUCUUUGCUUUGAAACUCAAAAAUUAAGGAUUGAACCAUUAAAUUAAUGCUCUUUUCUUAAAUUCUAAAGAAAAGAAAGCAUUUUUUAGAAACCAAAAUGUGAUCAUAGGAGCACAGAACAGUUUUAAUUUGGAGUUUUGUGGUUGGCUUACUGGUUAUUGGGGUUUUUGUUUUGUUUUUUUAAUCUACUUCUUGCAAAAACAAUGUGAAUUGCAUUAUUUGAUUACAACAAAUGCAUUGUGCUGAUUUUAAAAUAUUUUAAAAAUAAUAGAAGACAAAUAUUUUCAAGGAUAGAUCUGAUUUUGUGUAAUAAUUACCUGAAAUUAAGAGAAAUAUGGAAGCAAUCUUAAAAUGAUCUUUGGAGGUAUGAUAAUAGACUAAUUUUGAAAGAAAUGUUCAUUAUGUACCUAAGAUUUUGUCCUGGCUUGUGAUAUGAAAUUGAGACUUAAAAAUGAAUAUCAGAUUUUUUUCUAUGAAAAAGAUUAUUAUUAUACAUACUCUUUUACAAUAUAAAUUCAAAUCUAUGCACCUUUAAAAAGAUUAAUGUAGUGUGUAGGUGUUGAAAUCAUUUUUUAAGCUAUUGUCUUGAGGUGCUUUGAAUACUCUUCCCAAAUUUGGUGUAAAAGUGCAUACAAUUUUUUGUUACUGUGUACAAUGUUUAAGUUUCUUUGCAUUGGAUACAAUAAAACCACCACCCAGGAGAUUUCAGAUGUAGCAGUGCUGUGAAUAAAGUGUGGAGUGAGUGUUCUGCAUAGAUAGUCUUUAUCAGAGAAUUCAAGGAAGGCUAUGGCUGGAACGUAUGAGAGUAGUUCUAUUAUAAGAUUAUAAUAUAAAGUUUGAGCUAUAGUUUUAUUUUAAAAUAAAUGAAAAUUAGGGAUGAUAUCCCUAAGGUCAGUGUGAUUUUAAAGCUUUUUUUCUUUCUUUUGCUUUUCUUCCUUUUUGUUUUUAAAUCUUACUCUUCCAAUCACUGUCUUGCUCCCUUAAUAGAACGACUGAGGGACAGGUAGCUGUAUGGAAGGAUGUUGUCUAUACUCGACUAAUGCCAAGUGAAUUUGGCCAUUUCAUUCAAAACUCCUCCUGCUUUUAGUUUCAGCUAAAUGGUAGCUCAGAAUUUGUGUGGGAAUCAAACAAAUAAGCACUACAGUCUAGUCUUUAUGCAAUAGUGGAAGAAAGUAGUUAGAAAGAAACCCUCACCUUUCUGUUUCUUAAUUGUGACAAGUUAUUUCCUUUAUUUUAUUACUUAAAAUAGAGGACUAUCAGGAACUGUAAAGGAGCUUAACUGCAUUUUGUAAUUUGAAAACAGAAGGCAGAAUAAUUUUAAUAGUAGUAAUAUGAAAGUAAUUUUCUCACAGUUUUGGUUGGAACCUUUGGGGGAAGAGUAAUAACUUCAGAUAACUUAUUAAAGUCAUCCACUCAAGCAGGAGAGCAGGUAAUGUUCAUUAUUAAACUAUUUGAAUGAAUUAAAAAAAAAAAAAGCUCCACUAAUCUAGUUAAACAAUAAGUACUUUCUGUACUUGUAAGAUUGCAUGCAGUGAAUAAAAGUGCUUAUUCUAGGAAUUAAUUAUUGAUAGAAACCUGAUUGAAUAGACCUAAUUUGAAGAAGAAAAAAUUAAAUCCCCUUAGAUGACUUUUGAGGUACUCUGUAAAAGUGAACAUUUUCAGUCUCUUCAUGCGUGAGCUGUUUUAAAGGUGUGUAUUUCUUCUUUCAAUAUUUAUUUCACUGCAAAUCAAAAAUGAUUAUAAUUUUAAUUUUUGAAACCAAAGGUAAUUACUCUAAUAUUUUGCUUGCUUUCAUCUAUAGUUGCUUAAUAACUUAGAGCAUCCUGAAUUUGCAAUAAUAUGUGGUGGAGACAUCUGUACUGCGAUGUACUCUACAAGUGUGGAUAUUAGGUUAAGCUGGCAAUGCUAUGAUUCUAGUUGAGUUGUGGGUGAUGUUGAUCAGGGCAUAUGUAACUUUUAAACAAUUGUGCUUUAUUGUACUGUUGUCUCUCUACAGUUGAUCGUACAGAUGUUUAUUUCUUCAUAUCCUGUUUAAGCUCUGAAUGCUGUGUGCAGAAUAGCAAAUGCUAGCUAGUAGCACAAGAAAUUUUAGGAGUAAUUUUCUAUAUCCAAGGAACCUGCGAGGAGGGUGGGAAGAAAAUGUUUAAAACAUUAUGGAAGCCCCUUAUAGGCAGUGCAGGUAAAAAGCACAGGUAUACAUACAAGAAUCAAGCGAACAAUCUUGAUUAUAAAUUAUGUAUUUGCACUAAGAUGCAGGUAAAGAAAGUUAUCUGAUCCUGUGUGAUGUCACCUUUAUUCAUCAGUUUUCCAUAGAUUUUUCACAUGAUAGGGGUUAUGUCUUAUGUCUAAACCACACUGUGUGCAACAUCAGGAAAUGUAGAACACUAAAAAUAAAGUAUGUUUGUCUCCAUAGCACAAUGGAAUGAAAACAGAUGGUAGGCAGCACAUAUGGCUGCCAGCAGCUGGGAACACCCAUUUACAGAGUUCUUACAGCUUAAAACAAAACAAACCAAAACAAAGGAACACCAAGGGGAGACAGAGAUUGUGCCCAGCAGAUACUGGGAUCUCUGUCUGCUUAUCUGUGUUCACACUCUUUACCCACAGUUGCUUAAGCUAAAAAUGGAAGUAUGGUACCAGUUAAAUUAGCGUGUCGUCUUACUAUUUGUCAACAUAGUAGCAUUUAGCAAACAGAGAUAUUUAGUUUAAAUCUCCUGUUCCCACUUCGGGUUCAAACAUCUGGUUUGCUCCUAUUAUAAGCAAUUUAACUUAAGAAGAAGUCUUACUAGUUCAGUACAGCUUCUUCUCUGAAGUUACUAGUUUCAAGAAGCAAGGAGCUACUGGAGCAGAGUUUUGAGACCUCCUAUCCUACAAUAUGGCACCUAGGAAUGGUAAAGUAACAAGCCAAGGUCAAGCAGCUUCAACUAUCUGUAUUUUAUGUUCGUAGGUGUUGUGAAAUAUGUAAGAGUAUAAAUGUACCUUCCUGUCUUAAUAAGAGGACCGUUUUGGGUUUGUUUGUUUUCCUUUGUUUAGAUUUUUAUGUUGAUUCCUGCACUUUGCCUUUUUUUACUUAAGUUUUGUAGUUAAGCUAUUAGCUUAUUUUAUGGUUAGCCUACUUCAGAUUCUGCAGUGCUGUCUUUUUUUCUACACAUUUUCUAUCUAAUUUAAAAUACAUCUUAAUUUGCUUUUAUUUAUAUAGAGGUUUACAACUGUAUGAUAAAUAUUCUUUGACAAAAAUUAAGUUAGUUUAUUCACUUUUAUAUUCUACAAGGAAACGAAAGGGAUAAAGAUACUCAAACUCAGCAAAAAAAAAAAAAAGCAAUAGUCAUUAAAAUUGAUGAUACCCAUAAACCAACAAAAAUGGCAGGGCUUAAUAACAUUUAAUGAGGAAAAAUAAUUUAAUGGACUACUCAUAAGCUAGUGACCCUUUACACUGAGAUAUUUUCUUAUUUGUGCAUUUAUAUUUAGGUUACUGAGAAAAGUGCUCAGAAUAGGGGACAGCAUUUCUGAGAAGCAGUAAAAGAUUUAAGGUACAUCCACUCUCUUAAUUUUUUUUUAUUAUUAGUCUAAGCUGUUAAUCAUUUUAAAAUUAACAGCAGACUCCUCCUGCUUGACAUAGGUUAAUUCCUUUCUUUAUUCUGGAAAAUGUUUUGUUUCUUUUUUGGGGGGAAAGAAAGUAUUUAGAAAGUAUUUAGUGACCUAUUGUAACAAACACCUUUAAGAGAACGCUAUUUUUAAUGAGCGUGAGAUUUCAGUGUGACUGAGUGCUGGCAUAGAUUGGAAGGACUGGGUCUAAUCACUACAUAGCCAAUGACUGUCUGAAUAUCUUAUGAAAGGAAGAAUAUAUAUUAUAUAUAGGGUGAUGACACUGGAACAGGUUGCCCAAGG